AGGACUUAAAUGGGAAAGACAUCAUGAUAAAACUCCACCUGCGUCAAUCCACUCGCUCCAUCUAUUUGGGUCUGGCGUGUCUGUCCCUCGCUCUCCACCUCCUUCUGGCAUUAUUUUGUCUCUCCGUCCUCCAGACAGCCUGUGUACUUCCCACCUCCUCCUCCUCCUCUUCCUCCUCUUCCUCUGUUCCAAGAACAGACACUCAGCGCCAUCAGGCUAUCUCCCGCUCCUCCUCGUCUUCAGCUGCCUCCUCCUCCUCCUCACAUGAACUGCCAACGGUCCCCCAGGAGGAAGGGCAUCACAAACCGAAUGCCAAAACCUCGCACCCUGAGGGGAGAGACUCGCCUAAUGAUGAUGCAACUGUGAAGGAAAAGAAAGCGACUGGAGUUGGAAAAGUGAUUCCAAGGGUCAAGGGUCGCUCUAAGCUGGAGGUGUUGUUCGAGCACCCGCUGUACAACCUGCCACGCCCGGAGCUGCAGGACGACGAUUGGCUGCUGAGGGUGAAGACAGAUGAACGUGCGAGGGAUACAGGAAGUGAAGAAGAGGAGGGGGAAGAAGUAAUCAAUAGUGACAGUCAGUGGCAGAGCGCCAGUCAGGAGGAAGGCUACGACAAAGUGGACUGGACGAGCGACGUGGAGACCCACCCUCCCUGGCUACGGUUCCACCUGGGCAUCUCUCGCUGGGAGCUGUACAACAGGAAGGAUCCCAACCUGGCCGGCCUGACUCACUACUUGGCAACGCAGCGCAUCCUCGGUGCUGUUCAGAAGACGGGCGGCACCCAGCUCAAACUGCUCAUGUCGUUCCCAAACUACGGACAAGCUCUGCUGAAACCCAUGAAACAGUCCAGAGAUGCAGAGACGGAUGGGAACCUCUUCUACUUCUCCGACUUUGAAAGACACAACGCAGAGAUCGCUGCCUUCCACCUCGACAGAUUGCUGGGCUUCAACAGGGUGCCUCCGGUGGUCGGCCGCCUCAUCAACGUCACCUCAGAGGUCAGAGAGAUCACCACCGACCACAAGCUGUCCAGGACCUUCUUCACUUCCCCUGUGGGAAAUGUGUGCUUCUACGGCCAGUGCGAGUACUACUGUUCAUUAGAGCACCCAGUGUGCGGGCGGCCACAUGCACUGGAGGUUUCCCUGGCCGCCAUGCUACCUGACCUCACCCUCGCUCCCCGCAGGUCCUGGAGGUCGCCAUGGAGACGCUCCUACAGCCGCACCAAGCUAGCACAGUGGGAGAAGGACCCGGCCUACUGUGACAAAGUGAAACAGACGCCUCCUUACAAUCACGGCACCAGACUGGUGGAUCUCAUAGAUAUGGCCAUACUGGACUUCCUCAUGAGCAACAUGGACAGACAUCACUAUGAGACGUUUGAGAAAUUUGGCAAUGAGACUUUUCUGCUGCACCUUGAUAACGGCCGGGCGUUUGGGCGUCACUCUCGGGAUGAGCCAACUAUUCUGACUCCUCUGAAGCAGUGUUGCAGGAUCCGUCGGUCCACCCUCCUCCGCUUGCGCCUGUUGUCCCUCCCCGCCGUCCGUCUGAGUGAUGUCAUGCGGGAGUCGCUGGUUCAGGACCCUCUGGCUGCCACUGCCCCCCUCCUCUCUGAGCCGCACCUCUCUGCUCUGGACCGGCGCCUGGCAGCCAUCCUGCAGGUGGUGCAGACCUGUCAGCGUCAGCACAGAGAAGUAAUUUACAACGACUUGGAAGGAGAUGAUGAAGACUUCAAUCAACAGCCCGACUGAGGAAAAGAGCUCUAAAUCAUUGACAGGAAGGCCCUCUGCAUGUGCCCUGAAAGCCUCUGCUGGAUCCUGCACAGACAGUUAAGACAGGAUGAUUCUGUUGAUCCCUGUAUGAUCGAAACAUACUGAGGAACUGAUGAGUUUACUA